AUCGUCGGUAUGGGAGACAACAACAAGGAGCUCAUCCUUAUUGAUAAAAAGUUAACGAGUUUGGUAGAUCUUCCCUUGAGACCUGCUGUUACGUCACUUAAUCUGCGCUGCAAUCACAUCACAAGGAUCGAGGGUCUGUCCUUAGCUUGGCAUCUGCACCACUUAGACCUUUCCUCCAAUCGCAUCUCCAAGAUUGAGGGUCUGAGUUCUCUCACAUCUCUCAGAACUUUGAAUUUAUCAUCCAACUUAAUCACAAAGGUUGAAGGGCUGAAUGGCCUGGUGAACCUAACAAGAUUAAACUUGUCCUACAAUCAGAUAAAUAACCUCACGGGUUUGCUGUAUCUCCAUGGCACCGAGUACAAGCUGAAGCACCUCAGUCUCCAUGGCAACCGCCUUGACAGCAUCGAUCAUCUCUUGCAGUGCCUGCUGGGAUUACAAGGUUUACGAGAUGUCACUUUAAGUCAGGAUGGUGGAGACAACCCUGUCUGUGGUUUACCUGGUUACUGGGAAAUGGUUAUGGAAACACUGCCGCAAAUUUCUGUUCUGGAUGGUUUGGACCGGCUUCGACAGCCAUCAUCUCCAGGUUUCAGCAGCCUCUGUGACAUUCCAGGCCUGGAAGACUACGUGGACUUUUUGAUUUCCUCCGAUACAAGUCACAACGAAGUGGUCAAAGGCGCAGUUACUACACCUCGUAUUGACAAGGUGCUCACCCAGUUUCGUCAGCAGGUUGCUUCAGGAGCCGUCACAGAUCCAGUCAAUCAGAGUUCCCUGCCAACUCUUCCCACUGCAGUGGAUCCACCAGACCCCAUUAACGAAGAACGCAUCAGAAAACUGGAGCACCAGGUGUCCCAGCUCAUCCAGAAGGCUCCUGCAGGUUUAAAAUCAAACCUCUCUGCCCAUUCUGUGGCCAAGCUACGGAAAGCCAAGAGGGACACUGACCACACGUCAGAAAGCGAGCGUGACAGUGAGAAGGAAAACGGGAGACACGCAAGGAUUUACAAACAGAUUAACAUCACGACAUCAAGUCCAACCACUCAGGAGACGAAGAGCACGAGAUCUGACAGCGAUCUGGAGAAUCGUAAACUGAGGACUUCAAAGUCUGCCGUGGGGCCCAGAAGAAAGGCUGCAGGUGCAGGGGGUGUCAAGGCAGCAGCACAAACAAGCAAGGGACCUGUGAGAGCAGUUAAGACCUCCGGCGAUGUGAAAGCCAAGUCCACCCGGGAUGGGGAAACCUACAGGACGAUCAUGGAGGAGCGUGAUCAGGAAAGAGAAAGACGCUGGAAGGCAGAACAAGCCAUGCGGAGGCUGACAGAGGAGCUGAAGUGCCUGCAGACAAAGGUCAGCGAGGAAAAAGACCUUCAGAGCAUGGCUCUGCACACCACAGACAGACUUAAGGAGAUGUUGCUGAAAGAGAGAUCAGGACGCGCUGAGCUGCAGGCUCGUGUUGAGGAGCUGGAGAGGAGGUGUCAGUCUCUGACGCAGCAGCUGGAGCAGGAGCGCAGCAGCGAGGAACAACACAAGACAGCGCUGAGAAGACUGGAGGAAAGCAUCUCCCACGGAGACGCUCUCAGGGCCUGCCAGCAGGCUGAAGAGACGAAACACUACCAGGAGCUGGAGAACAAGGCUGCAGCCCUGAGGAGAGAACUGGACAUCCAGAGGGUUUCGGUUCGGCAGCACAAAGACAAGCUGCAGCAGCUGUAUGAGCUGCUGGCGUCCAAAGAACAAGAGCACAGAAGACAGCUGGAGCUGCGCUUGCAGCCCGGCGGGGCCGAUUUUCGUGAGGCGGUGGUGAAGGAAGUCGCAGCAGCGGAAGAGAAACACAACCAGAAGACGACGGAGCUGCAGGAGAAACUGUCAGACGGCAGGAAGCAGUACGCCGCCCUGGAGGACGAGUUUCGCAUGGCGCUAACCAUCGAGGCCGCUCGCUUCACCGAGGUGAAGGAGGUUUGUGAUCACAUGACCGCAGAGCUGAUGGAGCUCAAGGCGACCCUCGCUCAGUCCCAGCAGAGCGAGAGGAAAUCAGCCUCCCUGGUGCAGGAGCUCACAGCCAUGGUGAAAGAACAGAAGAGCCGCAUCUCCGAGCUAAUCAAAUCCAAGAAAGACGCCGUCAGCGAUCUCAAGAACCGAGUGCAUUCCUUGGAAGGAGAGGUGGAACGGAGCCGGCGCCAGGGCCUGCAGCUCGAGGUGCUGAAGAAAGACAAGGCUCGGCUCGUGUCUCAGCUCUCAGCUCAGGAGUCUGUGAUAGACGGCCUCAGAGCUGAGAGGAAGAUCUGGGGCCAAGAGCUCGCUCAGCAAGGUGCAUCAUUGGCUCAGGAUCGUGGUCGUCUGGAGGCCAGGAUUGAGGUUCUGACCGCUGAACUGGAGACUCAGAGAAAACAGAACGAGAGGGACCAGGACGCUCUUAAAAUCAAAGCCAAAAUCAUGGACGACCAGACCGAGACCAUUCGCAAACUUAAAGAGUUCUUACAGGAGCGCGACGAUCAGAUCCGGAGGUCGAGGGAGGAGGCUGCGCAGGCCCAGAAGAAGCUCCAGCAGCAGCUGGAGGAGGAACUGGGCCAACAGGCUGAGCUGAAGGAGCAGCUGGAACAUCUGAGUCUGCGUAAGGAGGAGCUGAAACAGCUGCUGGAAGACAAGGAAGCAGAGCUCGAGGAGAUCAGGAGAGUUUACAGUGAUUCCAAAAAGAAGUGGCAGGAGAAGGCAGAGCUCCUCGCUCGGCUCGAGAGCCAAGUGAAGCGGACAAAGGAAGGUUUUGAUUCCAAGGAGCACCUGCUGCUGGAAGAAAGAAAUAAAGCAACAGAGGCACACAAAGCUGCAGUGGAAAAGCUGCGCUGUGUGGACGAUGCUUUCCGUCGACAGCUGGAGUCUGUCCAGGCUGCGCAUCAAGCAGAGAUCCUUCAGCUGGCUAAUGAAAAACAAAAACAGAUAGAACGAGCUCAUCAGAAGGUGUUUGAAGUGGAGGAGGAAAUGCGUCAACUUCUUAAGGAGACGGAGACGAACAAGAAAAUCAUGGAGGAGAAAAUGAAACGUCUCACCAGCGUUCUAAAAGACUUUAACGCAUAA